GUGUAAUACAGGUUAACAGGGAUAUUUAAAGUGAAGGCGUCUGGUACUGUUGUCAGAGAUGAUGAAGAUGUUUCAUACAUUGAGUGCUGUGUUUGCUGUCACUCUCCUAGUUAGAGGGAGUAAUGCACAACUUGGAGACAUAUGUGGCAGACCUUCUGUCCCCAGUCGAAUAGUAGGGGGAGGUGAUGCUGUUGCCGGUGAAUGGCCAUGGCAGGUCAGUCUUCACAGUAAUGGCCACUUCUGUGGUGGGUCACUCAUUAACAACGAGUGGGUCCUAACAGCAGCUCACUGCUUUCAAGGAAAAAGUGCCAAAAAUGUGAUCGUGUACCUGGGCCGAGAGACACAGUCAGGACUAAAUCCCAAUGAGGUGAACAGAGCGGUCUCUCAAAUCAUAAAUCAUCCAAACUACAGCAGCUCCACAAUUGACAACGACAUCUCUCUUCUGCAUCUGUCCUCGCCCGUGACUUAUACUAACUAUAUAAGACCGGUCUGUCUAGCAGCAGAUGACAGCACGUUCUUCAGCGGCACAUCAAGUUGGGUGACUGGAUGGGGAAAUAUUGCUUCUGGUGUUGCUCUGGCUACAACAAGACCUCUACAGGAAGUGGAAGUGCCUAUCAUUGGAAACAGGAAGUGCACCUGCCUUUAUGGCCAAAAAUCAAUAACAAAAAACAUGAUCUGCGCUGGACUAAUACAAGGAGGGAAAGAUUCCUGUCAGGGUGACUCAGGUGGACCUCUGGUCAGCAAACAGGACUCGGUCUGGAUCCAGUCUGGGAUUGUGAGUUUUGGCACAGGGUGUGCAAGGCCUAAAUUGCCCGGUGUGUAUGGAAAAGUUUCUCAGUACCAGAGAUGGAUCAAAGAACACAUCACCACCAACCAGCCAGGCUUUGUUAAAUUCACCUCCAGCGGUACUGAUGGUGAUCUGAGCGAGAGCUGCUCUAUUGUUCCUCCUAUUACAACUACUACCACUGUCAUGACUACAACUGCUGCACCUGUGGUGUGCGGAAGAGCCCGACGAAACAUUCGUGUUGGAGGAAGCAACUCUCUUGCAACUUCUGGCGCGUGGCCUUGGAUGGCCAGUCUGCACUUCAACGGCAGUCACGUCUGUGGAGGAACAAUGGUUUCUCAGCGGUUUGUCAUGACCUCUGCUAGCUGCUUCUCUAGAUCUACCAAUGCCUCCAACUGGACUGUGGUCCUGGGCCGUCUGAAUCAGAAAGGGUCCAACGCCAAUGAAAUCUCCGUUCAAGUUGCAAACAUCACAAUCAGCAAUGUGACGGGCGACAACGUUGCUAUUGUGUAUCUGGCCAGUGCCCCCAAACUCUCCGAUUUCAUUCAGCCCCUCUGCGUGGACAUGGGGGAAAGCCUCUUCAGCGUAAAUACAUCGUGUUGGGUGGCAGGCUGGGGCUCAGGAUCUGGAUCAGCUGACCAAAUACUUCAGGAAUUCCGAACCUCUAUUGUGGAUUGUGGGAGCUCUUCAAGUAACAGUAUCUGUACAACUUCCAUUACCUUACAGGAGGGUGAUCAGGGGGGUCCUCUGAUGUGUAAACUGGGUCUGUCAUGGAUCCAGGCUGCAGUUCUAUCGAUACCAACCAGCACCAGUAACAGCACUGCAACGCGCCAGUCUAUAGAUAUGCAGGUCUUUACUAAAGUCUCAACCUAUGAAACCUUCCUGAGAUCUGUGGUGGGUUCUUUCCCCCCGAAAGAAAAAAACACUGCAAGUGACUCUCUAUCCACCCCCUCUUCCACCAAUGGCUUACAGUGUUUAACAACUGUUCUCUUGUUUUCACUGACGGCUCUCCAGAUCUUUUAUCAAAGCUGAUGUCAGUAAGGUCUGGGUAGAAGUAUUUGCCUGAAAUAUGACUGUAAACUAAGAAUAAUAAUUAACCUGACUGAUUAACAUCUUUUAAUGAUUUAUCCAUUCUUGGGUUGAGAGCCCAUUUGAAUUUUUUACUAGGCGUAUGAGAGAGGUGACUCGAAAUGUAAUUCUAUUUACACUGGCUAUAGGUUACACUGGCAGUCAUUUAAAAGAAAUGCAAAUCUAAAAUUCCCUCGUGCUGUCAGCUCAUCAUUGUAUAUACAUAUAUAUUCCAUGUAUAUACAUGGUUCAGUUUUAAUAGUUAUAAACGACUGCUGUAUAGCUUGUGAUUAACUCAAGCAGUAGACUACCACACUUGGGACAAGUUUUGGAAGUUUUGAAUAAAAUUAUACAUAAAACUUACAAAUUAUUUUGUCAACAUAUUUUAUGAUAACAAAGAGAGUAUUUGAUUUCUGUUCAAAAUGUUAUUGUUUUUUUAUACAUGUGGGAUUUUUUUAUGAAAAAGCAGUUUUGUUAUGAUUAACCCUAAACCUUAUUUAUUCCACACUUUUUUAAAUGUGAACACUAAAGCUACCUGUAAGUUGUAAUCUUCUUUUAAUUGAAAUGACAAUAAAAAGUAAUUGUAUAA